AUGGAGACAGACGACCCCUCCCAGCUGGUGACCCCCGCGUCGGUGAAAGCUGUCAUCUCUAGGAUUGAGACUGCCCAGCUAAUCCGGGCCCAGGAGGGCAUUUCUACCCAGCUCUCAGACAUCUUGGGCAAUGUCAAUUCUGUCAUCAGCCGCUUCCAGGAGGAGUUAGGAUACAGUUUGAAAGAAAAGGCAGACCAGACAAGCAGGCAGAGAUUCAUCUUGCUGGAGAAGAUCGCCUCCUUCUCCAGAGGUGCUAAAGCCAAGGAGAAGCAUCUGUACGAGAUCCUCCGCUGGCUGAGCGACUGGGGUGAAAGUCUGACCUACGAAAUCAGACACGGGGAGAGUGAGGAAGAAGAGCGAGUCCAGAACCAAUGGAUUCAAGUGAUGGAGGAAGUGUUGCCUCUUUCCCUUGUCGCCACCAAGGGCAGCAUUGAGACCCUCAUCUCACUCUGCUCCACCCUCGUUGAAGAGCAACGGAAAAAAACACAAAUAUCCCGACACAGCUUUUGGCAGGGCUGGUGGGGAAAAGGUCCUCAAAAACCCAUAGCUCACUCAGAGCCACUAAGCCCAGAGCAGAUGCUCCAGGACAGGCACGCCACCUUCGCCAAGGUCUCCGAGGUGAAGUCCAUGCUACAGGAGCUCCUGGACUCCACCAUGUUCAACAAGGGAGAGGUCAAGGCCAUCGGUUACAUGUCCACCACAGUAGAGAACCUCCAUCAGGCCUUGGUGCUUCAGCAGAAAGAAAACAGGAGCCUGGAGACCAAGUAUCAGUCCCUGAAGACAGAGAUGACCUCAGAGCUCAACAGCCAAAGACAGCAUUUCCAGAAGUCCAUCCAAGCCCUUGAGAGCAAGAGGGACGCGCUGCUGAGGCAGCACGAAGUCCUGGGGGGGAAGUACCAUGACCUCCUCCUCAUGAAGCACGCUUUGGAGUUGCAGUUAAAGCAGCUGCAGAUGGCAGGAGGUCAAGCCGAAGUCGAGGUCCUCGCAGACUUCACAAGCCCCUUAGAGAAAGAAAUCUUCCCAAAGCAGCUAACAGUCGCACAGCAAACCCAUCAGGCACCACAGAAGCAGGGGUGGUUGCUUUCUCCCAUUUCCCCAAGCCCAGUGACUGUGGCCUGGGACAGCAGUGCCAUGCCCUCAAUGCGUCCACCACUGCCCACCAUGGCCAUGCAGUCGAGGGUCGCAGAUCUGUUCAACGGAGAGGGCAGAGGGAGCCUGGAGCCUCCGCUGAUCCCCUCGUCAGAACUCAAGUUUUCCAAGACAUGGGAAAGCCCAGGGUUGGAAAGCCCAGACCAUGGAGAUGGAGACCAAAAGGGCCACUUCCAGGAGAAGGAGGAACUCCUCGUUCACUCCCUUGCAGGACAGCAGCCGUCCUCCCGGAGCUCCAGCCAGGCUCGCCCCGAGAGCCAAGUGCAGCGCUUGGAGAAUGAGCCCACGUGGGAGGAGGAGACAGGGCUGCAGCAGCCGGAAUGGGCGGUCCAGGAGCAAGUGGAGAUGCUGCGGCAGCGGGAAACCAAAGUGGCCACCGAUGGGCAGCCGCAGAGGUCUGUCCCACAGGGAAAGCAGCCAGGGAGCCCACGGAAGGAGCCGGGGCAGCAGGUGCAGCAAGCAGUUGGGAAGAUCUUCACAGCCCCGAGUGGAAAGAGGAACAAGGAGAAGGCGGAGCCACCGUCAGCACCUCCCCCAAGCCGGGCCCAGUCAGCUAGCGUGGACAGGCGGCCACACCUGCCCAGGUCCCCUAACACCCAGCUCAGGGCCGUGAGUGCCCUCAGGGCUGUGAGUACAGUAGAUUUUGCGGGGAAACCAUGGGCUUGCCGGGCUCCUCCCACAAAGCCCAAGAAAUCCGCCUCCUUCCCCAUCACUGGGACGCCCAUCCGGAGGGCCCCCCGGUCCUCUUGGCAGAGAUCUCUAGGCAGUGCCAGGGAGAAGGUAUUCCACAUGGACUUGGAGGCCCAGCGGAAGAACCUGCAGCUCCUGAGUGAGGCGUCGGAGGCGGGGCUGCCGCACCACCUGCGCAGCAAGGCGUCGGAGCUCAUCACCACCACCCUGGAGCUGGGAGUGCUCCGGCUACAGUGCUUGUGCCACAAGUACAUCCUCCAUAGGCGCCUCCAGGGCCUCCGCCUGAAGGUCAUGCGGGUCAUGCGAGACCAGGCAGGGGACUUCUGUGGCCUGCUGGAGCGUCUGGACCGCCUGCAGGGCCUGAGGCUGCAGGCCUGGGGUGACAGGCAGAGGCGCCUGGAAGAGCAGCGCCAGGAGUGCCUGAGCAGCAUGGCGGCCAUAUUCCCCAAGCUCCAGCUAGAGUGGAACAUCCACCUGAGCAUCCCUGAGGCCACCUCCAGAAAGCCAAGGAAGCACAGGCCUCCCUCAGCCUGCCCCAGGCAGCAGCGCACCUGCUCAGCCAGCACUGCCCGCAGGCAGCCCUUUGCCUCCAGGCAGCGGGAAUGUGUGCCCCUGCACAUGGCCUGCCAACCAGGGAAACAGAUGGAAGCCGUGUGGAAGAUGGAUGUGGCCUCUUCCAGCCACCCCAUAGAAAAGAAGACGCCGGUGAGCCUGCCCUGGGAUCCGCAGAGGGGCGGCCCAGACAUCCCCCGCAUGCUGGCCAUGCGGGUGCAUUCCUGCUUGCACAGGAGCCUGACAUCCCUCCAGGCCCGUUCUUUCAGUGCCUCCGCUGCCCAGAAGAAGCAGCGCCAGGAGCCAACAGAUGAAUCAGCCAAGUCUGCUGGCAAAAAGUCGAGAGAGGCCCUCGCUGGCACAGAGAAGGGCAAUGAGGAUGAAGACAGCGCCAGUUCGCAGCCCCCACCUUAG